AUGACCACCGCCAUGCAGCUGCGGCACUUCAACCGUCUCCAGCGCCCCGAGACCGAUGUAGGCGGUCUGCCCAACCACUGGCAUUUUGAAAUUAGACCAAUGCCUGGAUACAAAGGGGAACUUGUCUUCAUCGUCAAUCCACACGGCCGAUACUUCCACGGCGAAGGCCGAACCCAGAUCUCCAAUCUUUCAAUCAAAGACCAAGCCAAGGUUAUUGUCCCACUCCUGCUGGAAGCAUUGUCACCGAAUUCGAUGGCAUGUCCCCCCCCAGUGGCAGAGAACAAGAGCUCUUUCGCUCCUUAUAGCUGGAGCACCAAAGAUCCACUCCUUGCACGUGUCGUUUCCGCCAGGUGCCGCACCGUUGGCAUCCGAUCUGAACUGUGUACUGUUCAGGUUUCCGACGCCCAGACAGUUCAAAUUGCUGGCGAAUGCUGGAAGAAAUGGAAAAACGACAUCCUGCAUGCGAUGUCGAUGUAUGAUUGUUGUCUAACAGACGAUGGGGAGGAAAAAGUGGAGAUGGAGGGAGGCUGUGAAUACUGUCAUUUCACUCCGUCCUUUGACAGGCCGCUGUUUCCAUGCACUGAGUGCGAUGCGGCCUAUUAUUGCUCGAAGGAAUGUAAGUCUCUGCGUCAAAUUGACCACAAUGUGACGUGCGUUGGGGGUCUUGAUCAAUCUGUUUCACCUUGA